AUGCUUAUUACAGAUCUUCUUAUUUACAAUUAUCAUGUCUCUUUUGAAUCUGCAGAGGAAGAAUAUCAAGGACAAAAGAAAAGAAAGCGCAUUCGGAGGAAGAAACAAAAGAACAGUUUGCAAAACUCUAAUAAUUUACAUGGAGAACAAACAGAAUCUGGAAUGCAAGAGACUCUUGUUCAAGAUAAUUUACAGCUGCAGCAGAUAGACAGUCCCAAAAUAAGCAAAAACAAAAAGAGGAAAAUGAAAAAGAAGCGACAGAAAGAAAAAAUGAGAGCAGCUGGCUUGGUAACAAAAACUACUGGUGUGCAUUUUACGUAUCAGCCUGACAAAAACAACAGAGAAGAAGCAGCAGGCUUAAAAGAUAUAGAUGAAAAGGCAGAUAGCAUUCUGGACUUCCUGCAGGCAACACAACAAAUUUAUUUUGCUGACAAUAAAUCAGCAGGCACAGAUUCUGCUGUAAAUUCAGCAACUGCCCAAGAGCUUUUACAAUAUCUUGAGUCUCGUACCAUCUCUUCCUCAGACGUGACUCUUCUGCAUCAGCUGAAAUCCCUUGUAUUGCUACAGGAUAUUGAGAGAUUGAAGGAUGCUUUGAAUCAGUUCCAAGAACAAUCCACGAUGCCUCCUGAUCAUACCAAGGUAGUCACGUCUCUGUUUCACUACUGGAUUACAGAUAUCCUUCCUGUGAAGAACAGAAAAUAA